UCAGCGACAGAACUCUGACAAAAGGCGAAAUUGAAAUUUUAAAAAAUGUUGAAACAAAAAAUAAACAAAAUUUUUAUUGUGAUUUGUGUGACUGGAAUGGUGCUUUCAAUAAACUGGACCACCGUCGAAGCGGACGAAGUACCAGCGUUUUUUCUUAAAAUAGCAAAAAACAUACCGCGAGUUGGAAGGAGCGGCAGGAUCGACGAGUAUUUAUUGACCAAGCAAUCUAAAAAUUAUCCCCGAGUUAAUAAAGUUGGUGAAUACUCUCCGUCUAAUGAGUAUUUGUCUUUCACGGGAGGGAAUGAUCCGGAAAUACAUAAGCGGAUGGUGAAUUAUCCUGCUCCAGGAAAUAUUGAUUCAAUAUCGUGGGAGCAUUUUCCGCUGGCUAUUGAAGGACCUCCCGAGCUUUGGCGUACUCUCGCGUCUUAUGCAAACGAUAAAUACGGAACGGCUUCCGAUGAUAUCGACAACGAAAUUUGGCAGAGAAACAAACGCAAGAAUGUUGAAAAUUAAUUCGAUGUACAGGAAUAUUUUAAAGAGCUUUUAUAAUGAUGAAUUAUUUAAAAUUUUGUGUACUGGUGAUGGGAAAUAAUUGUAAUAA